UGCAGUCUGAAAGAUGGAGGAUGCAGCGGCACUUGACUGACGGAUUUCUCAUGUUUUUGCGACACGAUAUCGAAUUAAAACAGAGCAUUGUGCGCUUGAGAUGGAAUUUUACUGGGGAAGGGGCCAGGAAUCCCGGCGCCUGCUGCUCUGGCUUCUCCUCGCAGUGUGGGAGGCAGGGAGGGGUCAGCUUCACUAUUCAGUCCCAGAGGAAGCCAAACACGGCACCUACGUGGGCCGCAUCGCGCAGGACCUGGGACUGGAGCUGGCGGAAUUGGUGCCGCGUCUGUUCCGGGUGGCGUCCAAAAGGGGCAUAGAUCUUCUGGAAGUGAAUCUGCAGAAUGGCAUUUUGUUUGUGAAUUCUCGGAUAGACCGGGAGGAGCUGUGCGGGCGGAGUGCGGAGUGCAGCAUCCAUCUGGAGGUGAUUGUGGACAGGCCGCUGCAGGUUUUCCACGUCGAGGUGGAGGUGAAAGACAUUAACGACAACCCGCCACUCUUCUCAGCAACGCAAAAGAAUCUGUUCAUCGCAGAAUCCAGGCCGCUUGACUCUCGGUUUCCACUAGAGGGCGCCUCGGAUGCAGAUACUGGGGAUAAUGCUCUGCUCACUUACAGACUGAGCCCCAGUGAAUAUUUUUCUCUGGAAAAACCAUCUGAUGAUGAGCGGGUAAAAGGUCUUGGGCUUAUAUUAAGAAAAUCUUUAGACAGAGAAGAAACUCCGGAGAUUUUUUUAGUGCUCUCGGCCACUGAUGGGGGCAAACCAGAACUAACUGGCACUGUUCAGUUACUCAUCACAGUACUGGAUGCCAAUGAUAAUGCCCCAGUUUUUGAUAGGAAAGUGUAUAAAGUGAAGUUACCAGAAAAUGUCUCUAAUGGAACAUUGGUAAUUAAACUUAAUGCCUCAGAUUUAGACGAAGGAUUGAAUGGAGACAUUAUUUAUUCAUUCUCAAGUGAUAAUACACCAAGUGUGAAAUCCAAGUUCAACAUAGAUCCAGUUACUGGACAAAUUAUGGUAAAGGGAUAUAUUGAUUUUGAAGAAAGCAAAUCCUAUGAAAUUAUUGUAGAAGGCACUGAUAAAGGACAGCUCCCACUGUCUGGCCAUUGUAGAGUUAUUGUGGAAAUAGAAGACAACAAUGAUAAUGUCCCAGAUUUGGAAUUCCAGUCCUUAUCACUUCCAAUUAGAGAGGAUGCUCCACUGGGCACAGUCAUUGCACUGAUCAGCGUGUCUGACCGCGACUCAGGUGCCAAUGGACAGGUCACCUGCACCUUGACAUCUCAUGUCCCCUUCAAACUGGCGUCCACCUUCAAGAAUUACUAUUCUUUGGUGCUGGACAGUGCCUUGGACCGUGAGAGUGUGUCAGCUUAUGAGCUGGUGGUGACCGCGCGGGACGGGGGCUUGCCUUCUCUGUGGGCCACAGCCACCGUGUCUGUGGAGGUGGCCGACGUGAAUGACAAUGCGCCGGGCUUCCCACAGCCGGAGUACACGGUGUUUGUAAAGGAGAACAACCCGCCGGGCUGUCACAUCUUCACUGUGUCAGCGCGGGACGUAGACGUGCAGGAGAACGCGCUGGUGUCCUACUCUCUGGUGGAGAGGCGGGUGGGCGAGCGCGCGCUGUCGAGCUACGUGUCGGUGCACGCGGAGAGCGGCAAGGUGUACGCGCUGCAGCCUCUGGACCACGAGGAGCUGGAGCUGCUGCAGUUCCAGGUGAGCGCGCGUGAUGCAGGCGUGCCGCCUCUGGGGAGCAACGUGACGCUGCAGGUGUUCGUGCUGGAUGAGAACGACAAUGCGCCAGUGUUGCUGGUACCUCGGGCGGGUGCCGCUGGAGGUGCUGUGAGUGAGCUUGUGCCUCGAUCUGUGGGCCCUGGCCAUGUGGUGGCGAAGAUACGCGCAGUGGAUGCCGAUUCUGGCUAUAACGCGUGGCUUUCAUACGAACUGCAGCCAGCAGCUGGUGGUGCUCGUAGCCUAUUCCGCGUGGGUCUGUACACUGGUGAAAUCAGCACGACGCGUGCCCUGGAUGAGGCGGACGCGUCGCUGCAGCGUCUGCUUGUUCUGGUGAAGGACCACGGUGAGCCUGCACUGACUGCCACCGCCACUGUGUUGGUAUCGUUGGUGGAAAGCAGCCAGUCUCCCAAAGCUUCAUCGAGAGCGUUGGCGGGCGCAACGGGUCCUGAAGCCUCGCUCGUGGAUGUCAACGUCUACCUGAUCAUCGCCAUCUGCUCAGUGUCUAGCCUGUUGGUGCUCACGCUGCUGCUGUAUACUGCGCUGCGGUGCUCCGCGCCGCCCACUGAGGGCUCGCGCCGGCCGGGGAAGCCAGUGAUGGUGUGCUCCAGCGCUGUAGGGAGCUGGUCACACUCCCAGCAGAGGAGGCAGAGGGUGUGCUCUGGAGAGGGCCCGCCCAAGACCGAUCUCAUGGCCUUCAGCCCCAGUUUACCUGACUCCAGAGACAGAGAGGAUCAGCCGCAGACAACUGGGGAAUCGUUUGCAAAGGUUAGUUUAUGAUAUCUUUUCUGUUAAUUUGAAUUUUCGUAGAUUUUCCCUCUAUCAGCUUCUUCGUAAUUUUAUUUUUCAGAAUUAAAUUU